CUGGGACCUGUCGGCGUGCGUUUCUCGUGCCACACGGGAUUUUGAACUAGCAGGGAGGACGUUGAGGCUGUUGUAUGGCCAAUACUUCAGGCAGUUAUGCAUCGCCGAACCCAUCUAUAAUCAAUACGACUCCAAAUCCCGUAUAUUUUCCCCUCAGUCCGGUGAUUCCCCGUAAAGUAAAUGCAGCGACUGCGCGAUACACUGCCAGCGGUAAUAGCCAGUGCUUUCACAUGGAUUUUUCUGCGCCCUCCCAUACUUCAACUCUUUACCGGCUCGACGAAGCGAUGGAAGUGAUUCCUGUCAGUCCGACAAGAAGUGGCGAAAGCAGCGGGAUUGGAGGGAGUGCAGGACUCUUUGAAUGUCUGCCUGGUGUUGUCGAAUCAUCUCUUCCAGUGUCCACUACAUCUUCGCUCAAUUCAGAAUGCCGUCAUGUGCAAUCUAUUCAUAUUCCUGCCUGCUCCGAUCGGUCUGGUACCCCACGCGCGGAUGAAUCCAAUCGAACCGGUUUCAUGACUUCCGAUAAUAAUAAUCAUUUUUGCUCAAACCCCCUUCCAAACGGAUCUCCCCCAGAUCUACCAAUUCGGAAUCUCCGACAUCAGUCAUUGCCUACGGAUUCGCCUAUUCCCAUCUCUGCUAAGUACAACGGUUCUAGGCGUCAAAGCAGUCCCGGUGCUCAGCGAAUCGGAGAACCCUUCUCAUCACCCUUAUCACCCACUCUGCCGGUUACCGCAUCAACCGCAGCAGCAACAACGGCAAGGAACACCUCACUGACCAGUUCCUUUAACAAGCUCAACAUACGCAGUCGAUGCCGGGGAACAAAUGGAGUUGUGGUAGACAUGCUAGCCCGCUCCGUCCCCGGAACUGUUCAUGCAAUGCCUUCCUCGUUGGAACCGAUACCGCAGGGACAGGAAUUGCUAGUAAACACAGCUGGACUGUCCGGGCCAAUAUCACCAACAUCCCCUGGGGGGAAUGUUGGCGCCCGACAACCAUGUAAACGUGUCAGCGAUCCAGCACAAAGCAAUGGAUCUGGAACCAGAAGGAAGGUAUCCCCGUGUUGUGCUUGCCACUUUGUCUCCGAGACCUUACUUCACGUGGAAGCUCGGGUGCAUCUGGAGGCCGCGGACGCCAGGGCUGCUUAUGCUUCUCGUUUGUACAAGUUUAAUCAUUCGUCAGUGGAAGAAGAUCCCCUUGAUUGCGAGCGGGACGCGGCGAACGGCAAGUCCGACAGCCGAAACAGCGUUAAGCACGGAGCUCAGUGGGCUCGAGAUCUGCUAGGACGUCUGCGGUCAAAUUCCACUCAUCUCAACACAGACCAGGCUGAUUUACGCAGUGCCACACCGAAUGGACGCAAACAUGUUGCAGUACGUCCGGGCGACUCCAAUCGGUCGAUAGAAACACUUCCGAAUGGAUCCAACCUCCCUGACACGAUUGAUCCCAGACGGCUGCCUAAAAUACACGGACCUGCUAGUGCUUGUUUGCAGUUCUCCAAGAAGCCCUUAAAUUCUCCGGUGAUCAACCACACUUUGCCUUCCAGUUCUCAACCGAUUCCGAUGCUCAGUAUCCACGGGUCUCAUAUUUCACCUGUACUGAAAGCGUCCUCAUGGAGACACCGCAAACAGCUACACCGAGUUCGAUGGUUGAGCCAAUCACAUGGUGAAGAGAGUGGAUGCGAGUCCUCUGACGGGUUUUUCGGUACUGCCAGUGGGUGCGCACGUCUCAGUUGUUCCGCGGUGGAAGAAUUCCAAGGUGCAGUUGAUAUUCUUGCAGCUACAAACCGGCAACAGGUUUUCGCUUCGAGUGUCUGCUCAGCACGCGCUGGUGUUCGAAUCAGAAGGGCGUCCGAGUCGGAACGGCUUCUUGUUAUCAGCAAAUCGCAUUCCGAUUCGAAAGAAGAGUCUAUUUCUUGCUCCUUUGGCCAGUUUGACGAAGACCACGUGUUCAGCACUCUGUUUCGACAUAGUACCUGCUACGACGUAUUGCCAGACAGUGGGAAGUUGGUAAUGGUGGAUUCGAGACUGGGGGCCGUCCGCGCUAUCCGCGUCCUGCUGGAGAAUGGUGUCCAAGCUGCUCCGAUUUGGCACGCACCAACACAUUCUGUCACGGGUUUGUUCUCCCAGGAGUUGGCAUUACAUCUGCUGGCCUCCUUGUACUCAUCGAUCACCCUAGCGGACUCGUCAAAUCAGGACACGGUGUUGGGUGAUUCGGGAACCCAAGCAAAGUCGCCAGCAGCACACAACAACCAGUUGACAGAUGGUUUGCGAAUGUGGGGCACAAGGCGUUUGUGCGAAGUUCUACGUGUUUUCCAUACGGAACAUGAUCACGGAAUGUGCCUACUUGAUCCUUUCGACGUCGACGUGAUUGUGUCUCCCCAGACUCGGCUGCGUAAAGCACUUUCUCGACUGCUUCAUCGCAAAAGUAAACUGAAUUCGUACGCUUCGCCGCAACACAGUGCCUUCCCAGAUGCGCUGAGUCAAAGAAGCCAACAGCCGGUGCAACACCAUUCGGUUGACUGUAACAGCGAUGCAGCCGAAUGUUGCUUUGCCAUGGAUGAGGCGAAUUCAAGCAAUGGGAUGAAACACCAUCAGCCACUGCAACAGGUAGCAUCCACCCCGGUCAGUGUUAGAUCGCUUUCCGAUUCGACAAAAGCGUCUUCUCACUUUCCCAUUGCCGCCAACGAUAUCUUCUCGCCCACACAUCUGAUGGUGAUGGAUCCAACUAGUGGGAACGUGCUGGGUGUUCUUGGACCAGACCGCCUGCUCGCCUAUCUGAGACUGCGCUUGGAUGAAUUGCCCUAUUCAACACAAAUGCUAUCCCCCGUGGAUAGUAUUCCCGGUCUGCGAUGGUCAGAGCGAUCUUGGUCUUUGAGGCACUGCCGGAUCAAACACAACAGCUCCGAUCCUCAUCCGGCGGCCGAUGUGAAUGCCAACCUCCCGUCUCCCAUACUCUCACCGAGUUCACUUUGUGGUGAUACUAUACGUGCCUUGUCCAUUUGGUUGCCUCAGUUGCCUGCCCUCCCGGUGAUCUGUUCCAAUGAGGGUGCCACGACUCAAACCAAUCCGCUUCUUGGCUUCAUCUCUCCCGGUGAUCUAUUGCACUUUGUUCUUGGUCAUUCUCCCGAUCAGGCUGUUCAUCAACCUGUGAGCAAAAUCCUCGAAGCCAAAUUGAUGCAUUGUCGAUUUCACCAGGACUGCAUCUGCUACACACACGAAUUGAUCGCAGAUGCGUUGGAUCGGACGUUCCGGUUGAAAGCACCGUGUCUCGUAUUGUUUGAUGCGCCCAAACAUGGCUCGCCAGCUGGUACUGGAAAUCCAAUUGGUGUGGUCACUUCCAAGGACCUGCUUCGAGCAAUUGUCACGAGCAAAUCCAGUCGUCCAGAUUCGGGUGUUGCCGGAAUGUCACACACAAAUCACGAGAGAUGCGAUUCCCCUCUGGGUGACCACCACUGGGCUGGUGGAUCGCUGAGUUCGGAUGAAGUGAUGUCGUCGAAUUCAUUCGAGCGAAACGCAAGGAAGCCCGAAGCAAUUCACCAUUCAGACUCUUUACUCGGUGCGUCGAAUUCUUCGUUUGAUGAUGGAGCUUCACUGUCAAGCUCUUCUGGGAGCACAUGUUCGGCUCACUCUGACUCAGAGAGAUUACAUUUAACUUCGCGACUCCAUCAUGCGAUACCGAGCGAUGGGAGUUUUUGCAAUUGUGCUUGUCAUCAGAGCAUGGAUGGGAAAAAUCCACUAAACGGCAAAACUGAGCAACCACGUUUUUUGUCAUCGCACCAGAUGUCCACGGAUUCGACGUUUUCCUAUAGUUCCAAAGGCUCGGAGGGCCCACCCACACGAACCACAAAUGCGUGCACUAUGGACACAAAACUUCCCUCACCCGAUGCGCCAACGCAGUUCCAUCCAACUGUUCAACAGAGAUCAAUUCGAACUCCGAAUACCUCCACCUUCGAUCCUGUUGGCACGCACUCUACUCCGAGGGCGCCCGGUUCUGCCCUGCCCACUAGAGGUGCUACUGUCUAUCCAGUCACCGGACUUGCUCCAGAUAGCAAUGAGAAGAAGCAUGUCAAACGUGGAGAUGAAGAAGAGGCUGUGUUCCCGAUGGACUAACCCAAACAGUGUCUCCUACGUCACUCUGACUUUUUGAUUGCGGUUCCUUUCCAUUUUCUCGAGUUUGUUUGAAGAAUGCCGGUGUGUCGUGAACAAAUGCUCCUGUCAUCUGAACAAAUCCCGCCUAUUUUUGAAGACAUUCUUCCUGAGAGACCAAUGACACUGUUAUUUGCCGUUGUUACCGCCGUUAUACUAGUAGUAUUAUUACAAAACUACCUUUACACACACACAUAGCUCAUUUAUUACUCGCCCACCCCCUUCCAACUCAUUACCGACCGUCCAGUCCCAAUAAAUCCAUCCGGUUAGCAUUUGUUCACUCAGUUCGUCUUGGUUACGCACUUCCCCUAACGUGUGUCUCCAUUUUCAGGAAGCAUGACUGUUGCUCAUACAUCAAUCAAUCACUCAGUCAGUCAGUCAAUCAAUCGAUCAAUCAGUCACACACACGGACGGCCUAAAACUUCCAUGAAAAUUCCACUGCCCCAAACAUGCUCCACUCCCUUUCUCUCGGAUCCUCCAACUCGCCAAAGAUCCGUUGUUUUUUUUGUUUGUUUGGUUCCCUUUUUCUAUGAUUACGUCUACAUUCUGUGCCGAAUGUGGUUUUCAUACGGCCCCUCACCCACAAACACGCCACUUGAAACAAACUAUGUUCUCUAUCCUAUCGUGCAGGAGGAAAGUGAACUUUGUGGGGUCGAACCCGAUCGAGGUUUGGAUAGGCCUCUGGCAUGUUGUUUGUCACGCCAUGUUUGUCUGUAGCACAACGUGGUCCAUUCAUUUCACGUCUUCAAGCUUUUCCCUGUUCUUUGCAGCCAGUCAUCCAAGAUCGGUUGAAUGGAGUACAGGUGUAUUCUGAAUUGGAAGGUCCACGAAAGCAUCGACUACCGUUAGUCUUCGCAGGUGCCUCACCGGGCAUCGUCUAAUCGCUAGAUCACAUCGGACGCGCCAACACAAAUGCUGUGGUUUCAGUAUGCAGUGAAACCGCAUUUCAACAAGCCCCCGCCUACAACAACCACUGCUCUCUA